AUCACGGAGCCUGUGCUGUGUGUGUUCAAGGUUACUCUCUUGCUUCCUCUUUUGUACCUGUUUACACAUUACUGGAACUUUGCAACAUUGAGGUAACCCAUCAUUUCUUCUGUAUUGAUGAUGCAAGAUACACUGCUGCGAGUGUUUGUGGUGGCUCUGGGUCUCUUAACGUGUCCGAGGGAUGACCCCGGGGUGGAGGAGGAAUGGGAUGAUAUUGUCACAGUGGGCAUUCAAAAGCACGAAGAGACGCUGCCGAAGGAAGAAGAGAAACUUGAGCAGGAAAUGGCACAUACUGACGACAAAGGGCCUCAGAAUAACAUAAAAAACAGUCCAAAGGAACAAAAUCAGCCUGAUCAACAUGUAACUGACAAACAUAAAAUGUCAGUCUCAGAAGAUGUGACUGUAACCAAAGAAGAUUCAGAGGCAGACUAUGUUGAUCACAGAUUACCAGAAGGGGCACAUUUUAUAGCAAAUUCUCAUCGAGGUCAGCCAAAAAAGUCCAGAAGUGAACCUGAGAUUUCUCUGGAGACUUCACAAACUGACCGUGAGCAAAAAGGAAACUUACAGUUGGACAUGAUGAGUAAACAGGGAGAAGAAAUUCAGACUGAUGGCUCUUUUAGAGUCCCAAUCAGACCACAAGGGCAUCAAGAAAAGCCUGAGGAGAAGGAAGUGUUCAGCUCUAAAGAACAGGUAGCAUCUGUGUCAGAAAAUAAGAUGUCAGAAAAUGAAACUUCAGAGAAGUCAAUCGCUGACUUGGAGGAGGAUUACCUCUGGUACAUAUGGAAUGCAUUCUCCAUUAUUUCCAUGAUUCGCUUCAUCAGGAAAUACUUGAGAAAAAAUUCCCAAAUGAAACAUGGUGAAGCCAGGACCUUCCCAGUGACCCACAUUGCUGGUGAAGUGCUACUACCCGACAGUGACACUCUGCAGAGUUUUCAUUCUAAAUGUGUUCAGGUCUCACCCAAUAAGAAAUGGAGAGAGGGUGAAUUUUUGGAAGGGUUUGCAAAUCACAUGGUGGAGGCAAUGAGGACCAUCUGUGAUAAAAGUGGGGGCAUGGUGAUUGAGGACUGUCAGAUGUUGGAUGCAUGUGAUAUAAUUGUUCCCUUUACCCUUCCUGAGCCAUAUAGUUUUCAGUGCCUCCUCUGGAAUAACCAGGUGAGUGAUCUGCUGUCAGAUAUACAAAUCUGUGGUCAAAUAAAAGUGGUGGAAAAUAAGAAAAUCCAAAAUGGCUGCCACUGCCAGUCCUCUGAUGCAGACGAUAUGGUUUGCCUGCUGCAUUGUGAGAAUGAGAAAGUAGAGACAAAAAAUACUGAUGUUUGUGAUGGCCUUCUUUGCUUGAAGAACCCUCCUUUCCUGUCAAAAUCACAAGUAACCAGAUGGUUUCAGAGCACUAUCAAACAAGCAUGGGCGCUGAUUUCACAUAAGUAUGAGUUUGAGCUCAGCAUUCGCUACAUUGAUGCUCCAGGUGCUCUGGUUGUUCGAUUCAGAUCAGGGAAGAAGAUUAGCUUCAGUAUGAAUCCUGUAGUCAAAUUCAAUGCUGAUGCUCAUUUCUACAUUACGCCUUGCUCCCCAAACAAUUUGGACAUCUUCUGGAUGCUCUCCCUGACCACCUACGAAGAUCGUCUCUUAGAAUCUCUCGCUAAACGCCUACCUGAAAACUCCUGCCACAUACAAACUCUUGAAAUUGCAUGUUUCCUUCACAAGAGACAGGCAGCACUGUCAGGAAGUAGUGCGCUCAGGGACUCUCAUUUCAAAACUGCACUAAUGCAUCUGCUUCUUAUUAAAGACCCAGCACAUUGGAAACCAAACUGUUUGACAUGUAGGCUACGAGACUUACUGGGCUUCAUGGAGAGAAGCCUGGAGAAAAAGCUCCUGCACCAUGUUUUUGUUGGGAACCCUUUAACUCAGAAUAUUAUUCAAAUCCCUGCUGAGUUUACUCAAGCAAAGCCAGUGAAUCUCUUCCAUCCCCUUGUGGUACAUAACUGUAUCUACCGAAAUGUUCUGCUGCAUUUCCAGGAGAUGCUUAGAAAUGCACACAUGCUGAUACAUGAUUAUGUUGAUCAGUGUAUUGACAGUGCCAGCCAUUUGAGAACAAUUAAAUUUUGAAGGAUGAAAUGUACAGGUUUAAAUAAUGGUUUUAA